AUGCGGCUGACCCACAUCGAGAUCUCCUCGGCACGGCUUGCGGAGGGCAGGCAAACUUGGUCCACAGACCGCCCUGCCGCAGAUCAACCGCCUAGCCGUGGCGACUGCCAGGCCAUCGCCAGCUUGACCGCGCCUUUGCCUUGGUUUCGACCAGGUGCCCCAGAGCCAAAGAAAAGCCUCAAGAAGGCCAGAUCUCGACGAGGUUCGGCGGGAUUCUCCAGCACGACAAAUCCAUGGGACCUCUUUUCCGCGAGCCUCCGCGGCACGGGCGUGGAGCGGAGCCCGCGAAAGCGGUCGCCGUCGCCUCCGCGCAAACGGGAUGCGGGGGAAAGGGUGCCUCGCGACCUCUUCCACUUUGGCUUGGCAGAGCAGCCGCUGCUGCCGGAGGAUGCCGUUCAGGCAUACUUCGAGAGCGAGAAAGCACGGACGGAUCAACUUCACGAAAAGGAGAAGGAGCCGAAAGAGCUGGAAAAAGUGGAGGGGCAGCGGAGGUAUGCCAUCGUCAAACCGCUGCCGCACUCCGACAAGGUGCACAGAGAACCGCUGCGAGUCUUACGUGAGACCAGGAAGUCGGAGCCUAGCGACCCGUUGAUGGAAGGAGACGCAUUGGACAGGACAAAGUUCUUCGCGGAACUUCUCGACCAAAUGUUCUUCAAGCAGAAGUUUAGCCCGGUCCGACGCGACGCUUGUCAGCUAACGCGUGUGUCUGCAAAGAUGGACGAUGGGAGUGUCGAGGAUGGUGAGGUCGCCACCCUCCGCAAGACUGCAACAAAGCUUGUGCGAGCCUCUGGAGAGCUUUUCCCUGCCGAGCACCUUUCCAAGGCCUUGAAAGGUGUGGAGUCAGCUGUUGUCCGGCCUGCGAUAACGCCACUGGAAGCUACCAGCGGUGGGAGUGCAACAACAGGCUCUGCGGACUCUCGGAAGCAACGCCUCCGCGCGCAGUGUGGGGCCCUGCAUCGCCAGCUUUUGGACAAGAAGGCCAACGAGGACAGUUUCCUGUCAAACGUGAUGACAUUCUUUCGCGAAGAAGAUGCAAAGGCCAUGAACCACCGAAUGCAGAUUCAAGACCAGUUGGAUCAGUUCGAGGAGCUUCGUGCCCACCAGGCUCAGCAAGCAAAGGAGGAGGAGGCACUGAAGGCGUGUUUGGAGCUUAUGGUAUUGUAUGCCGAGGAUGCGAAAAGCCGCAACACCUUCCUCAUCGACACCCUGACACAGCUUCUGUCCUGCCAACCCACUGUGCUUCCAGGAAAUCCACCGGAUGAUACCUUGGUGCAGUCCUGGGGUUUGGCUGCGCAAGCUGCAUACAUUCGGCUGGUCAAUGAUUGCCAGUUCUGUCUGGAGAAGAUGCUGGCGAGGCGCAACAUGUUCUUGGACAGGUUAGAGGACUCCAAGAAAGAGAACAAGGAGCAUGCACUCCAGAUGGCCGUACUCAUGCAGACAACGACCAACUCCAGGGAGGUGCUGGAUGAGUACAAGAGGCGUUACUUCUGGGACAGCAUCACCCACAGCUUCAAGCCUCCAUCGCGGCGGAUAGGCGAAACCGAAGCUGCGUCCUCGAAGCCCCAGCCGCCGGCUGCUUCGCAGCCGCAGCCCAGCUCGGCCUUAGCACUGCCUCUGCGGUCGGGAGAGCCAAUGCCGGUGCAGGAGCCUACGCCCUCGCCGAGGACGCCAUCGGAAUCGUCACCUUCGCCGCGACCGCAGCAGGAGUCUCUGCCAUCUCUGCCGGAAGAGCAGCAUCCUCCUCCAGCUGAUCAGUCUCAGGACUCUCCAGCUCCAGCUUCUGGGGACCCAGCCUCGCCCAGUGAGGGCUCUUUCAGCCGGUCCGCUGCUCUGGCUUCGGAGGGUUUCACCCCUCCGAAGGGUUCGUCUCCGGAGCACAGCAGGAGUCCACCUCCGUCGCAGGUCCUUCUGGAGCCGAUUGCCGUGCCGUGCUUGCCUCCACCACCUCCGUUGCCACUGCCGCGGGUUUCUGGUGGAGAAGGUGCAGCAACAGCACAUGCAGCCCAAGCAGCCAUGAGGUGCCAGAGGCAUACAUACAGCCUUGGGCCACAGCCGAGCAGGAUGCACCCGCAGGGCUGCGUCUCAUUUUCACCACCAGGGGUUGCUACGCAACCGGCUGGUGCUCCGACGUUUUCUAGAUGGCAAGUUGCACAGCUUCCAGGCCGCGGCAGCAGUUAUCUGCCAGAGCAGGCGGUUCCGCAGCCGCGAAGACAGCUGGCCUACUCGCCGCCACCUCGUCAGUGGCAGCAGCUUUCAGCAGCCUCACCGCGGCUUCCAUCUCCAGUGCCUCCACCGAGAUGGACUUAUGUGAGUCCGCGGCGGUCAGCUCGAAGCACCUCGGCAGGUGCAGAUUCGGCGAGUCGAGCUCGCGGACGACACUCAAGCUUCGAGCCGCGCAUGCAUGGCCAGUCACUGCUCGGACCAGCCAUUGCACAUCCGAGCCUCCCAGGAUCCAUGCUUUGCCCAACUCCGGGAUCGGCAUGGAGUGGUUCCAUGCACUGUCCUGCCCCACCGCCGGCCCUUGGCCACAUACUGGGCGUUCGGAGUGGGUCUGCUGCAUACCCGCCGGGGCAAGUGAGGGCUUUCGAGCCGAUCGAGCAGCGAGGGCGAUCCCCUGUGCCUGCCAGACGUGUUGUCCUGGCCCCACAGGCGCCGAGCCAGGCGGCACAGCCCCAUGCUCCACGCGUUUGUUCUCAAAGCCCUCCUCGUCAGGUUUAUCUGGUGAGAUCGCCGUCUCCUGUGUCGCAGGCAUGCAUAACACCUAGAGGCACAUCCCCGGCUUUGGCACAGAGUUCCAGCUACGUCCUCCCGGUGACGAGGGGCAGCGCUCCCGCAAUGGUCGGCAGAGGUCGUGCUUCGGGAAGGACGCCAUCGCCAUGUUAUCCUGCGCGUAUGGCAAAGGUUUCGACGUCCCCAUGCAACAUUGCCAGUGGUGAGGGAGUGCUGCUCACGCCGAGAUACGCUGGAGCCAUGCCGCCUGCCGGCUCUGUGCAAGGCACGCGCGUGCCUGAUGCCACCUUUGUGGCCCGCGGGCGCUCGCCGGGCCUGGUUGCAGUGGCGCCGAACAGCCCGCAGUACUGCGUGCGACAGGGGGCCAGCUGCGCAGUUCGCUCGCCGACGCCGCCUGCAGCAGUCGUUGCACCAGCACCUCCGCGGGCUAUCAUCUGCAGCCGCGAACUGGGGCAGCAGGAUGCAUUGGGAAAUUUGGGCUUGCUGAUUCAGGCACUAUCGCGAGCUAACCAGGGCACGAAAGAUGAUAUGCACAAGCUCCUGCGUGCUUGGGACAAGAUUGAUGUGGAUUGUUCUGGACGCGUGGACCUGGCAGAGGUGCGAAGUCUCGGAGAUCGCCUAAUGAUUGAUGUGGUGGCCGCUGGUGACUGGGCAGCGGGUGGCAGCACCUUGAGCGGCAAGAGCUUCGACAACGUGAGCGCCGGGACGGACAUGACGGAGAACUUGCGGCCCAUACUGCAGCGGAGCUUCCUAGUUAGCUUUAACGACAACCUCAGAUGUCCCGAAGGAUGGCUCUCGCAUGAGAGAGCGUCCUCGCUUCGUGCAGCGCUUCUGCGACCGCCUCGCCUCCGUGCGCUGCAUGAGAAGGGUGAGCAUGGGCCCCUGCGCAAGGAAGACACGCCACGUGAUCGUGGCUCAAGGAUCCGGAAUGGAUCUCAGAGGCCUGCAAAGCUUUGCAUUUUCGCGAACUUUUCCGUUAUCGGCAGUGGGCUCUACUACAGCUUACUUCACUGCUACUCGGAGGACAACGUUGCUGACCCUCCCAGCCGCGACCGGGACGUCGAAGAGCCGAAGAGGCAGCAGCCCAGCUGGCUGUCGGACCUACUCCGAGGUGACGCUAGGAAGUUUGAGGUCGUGACUGCGGCCGCGCGGGUCGCCAAGAACCCAGCACGUUGGCUGAGGUUCUUGUUGCUACUCUGCGGUGACGUCGAGCCCAACCCAGGGCCUCUGCUUCCCAAGGCCCCUCGGGGGCCGCUGGACCUGAAGGCUGGCUUCGCUCCUUCAACCGCGUACAAGAUGCGCAAGAGCCUCGACGCUUUCUUGAAGUGGCUACAAGAGGAGGCUGGUGUCGACCCCGCUGCUGUUUUCUUUGCUUCGGAGAGCACGGCGCUAGCGCUUCGUGGGUACGGUCUGCACUUGUAUUCUUCUGGAAUGCCUCGGUACUUGUAUGUCUACGCGAUCACGGCUGUGCAGGACUUGUACCCUCAGCACCGGAACUUUUUGACCGCUGCUUGGCAGGUCGACAAGAAGUGGCAGCGAGCUGAGCCAGGGAGUUGCAGGCCCGUGUUACCUGUAGCGGCAAUCCGUGCUGCUGUGAGCUUGGGUUUGCUUUGGGGCUGGUACCGGUGGACCGCGCUCUUGGUCAUAGGGUUUUUAGCGAUGCUGCAUCCCUCCGAGCUGGUUGCUCUGACGAGACGUGACCUGGUGCAACACGGUCGCAUCGAUGAUCCUAUCGCCAUACGUUUUAUUUACAGCAUUGCAGCCUCGCUGGCACCGUCUGAUCGGCUCUACCCUGCUUCUUUGCACAGCUUCAGAAACCAGUGGAACUCGGUCCUUGAGCGCUUGGGCUUGCCCUUCCGUUCUGCGGACAGGGGGGCAACCCCAGGUGUUCUGAGAGGGUCCGGUGCGACGUUUUACUACAUCACCACAGAGAACAUCCCGCUUUUGGCCUGGAGGGGCCGUUGGGCACGUGUUCGUACGCUGGAACACUACCUUCAGGAGGUUGCAGCGCAGGUGAUGCUUUCUGAAGUCUCUGCAGCUUGCAGAGCUCGCAUCAAGCAGCGGACUCUUGUGCUACGCGGCUUUUCCUGCGCCGCUCCGGGAAUCUUUGCGACAUGCAGGCAGAAAGAGGGAGAUGUCUUGUAUCUCCCGAUUGAAAGAGCCGACGAUGUCGUUGCUCAAGUUCCCCACCCACCCGCCCUAGGCGGAAGGAUGUACAUGUACGUUUCCGAACAUUUUGUUCCUGAGUCCUCGAGCCUUCGGUCGAGAAGCUCCCUUCAGGCAGCGGACUCUUGUGCUACGCGGCUUUUCCUGCGCCGCUCCGGGAAUCUUUGCGAUGCAGGCAGAAAGAGGGAGAUAGAUUUAGCGGGUCCGUAUGCUGCUGCCUAUGAUGGAACGAAGUACGCCUUGAUAGCUGUGUUUCGCAUUGAUGAGAGCAUGCAGUUGCAUUUCGUGCGGCCUAUGAAGAGGAGGCUGUGGAGUGAGCUGUUCAGUGCAUUGCAGAGUGUCUUGGCGCAAGUGUCAGCUCUGUGCGGAGAUCGACCUCAGGUGGUUCGAAUACAUUCUGAUAAGGCUCGCGAGUUCCUGGCGCAACGGGUUGUAGAGGGGAUCAAUGCUUUAGGAGUGUUCCAAACCACCACGACGGGUUACGAUCCUCAAGCAAACGGUCUUGCAGAGCGGACUGUUGGAUUGUUGAAAGAGCGAGCGAGGGGAUUUCUGAUCCGGGGUGGCAUCAACAAGAAGUUCUGGCCACUCAUGAUGGCAGAAGCUGCGAGGAGGCAGAGGGAUGUGACCUUAAACCGUCCUCAUCAAGGAAGGUUGCCUGAGCCAGGCGACUAUGUUGCUGUGACUGUGCAAGGUGCGGGUCCCUUUGACCCCAGAGUGGAGCCAGGGCGUUUCAUUGCUCAGUCGGACGUUGCAGUGCAGGGUGCUUUGGUGUUAGUCACGAGGGCAGGUCAGGAGCAUUUGAUCACCACGCGAUUGCCAGCCGUGAUUGAUAAGAAGCCGGAGCAGUGGAGAACACAUGUCACACCGUUGGGAGAUUUGGUCUGGAUCAGUUCUUCGGGCCAGGUUCGGGACGGUGAGGUAGUCCGGGACCUUGGAGUGGAUUUGGGAAUGCUUACGGUGGAAGAGCGCGAACAAGGUGGUCAUGUUGAGCAGGGUUUGCCUUUCGUGGCCCGCGCAUCUGCCGGUAAUCAUCUUGAGGAGGAGCCACUUGCAAUGGUACCUGAGGUCCGGAAGAAGGUGAAGAAUGACGACAAGGCCGAUCGCUAUCAAAUCCUGCCGUAUGAGGUUGAGCAAGAGAUGAACCGGGCAGAGGUCAAGGUUGCGCAGCUGGUUACGGACACGAUUGAUGCAAGAAUCCUGUCUGACCCUAAAACACCGGCGGAUGAGAAGCUGAAGUGGAUAAAUGAGGGUUUGAAACCUGAGUUGCAGACGCUUCAACAGAAGGAGAUCUAUGAUGAGUGGGAUGAGGCGGACAUACCAUCGGGAGCGAAGGUGCUUCCGUCCAAGGUGGUACUGACCAAAAAACCUCUUGACAAUGACGCGGAGGUGGACCCAGCCGAGCCUUUGAGUACUUGGAGGGCAAAGGCGCGGAUAGUGGUGUGCGGCAAUUAUGAGCAGAAUACGGUGGGUCACGAUCCGGACAACGCGAGUGCCAACCCUGCUAUCGAGCACAUCCGGUGGAGCGCAACCUGCCUUGCAAGCAAUCCGAGCUGGACUGGACUGGUUCUGGAUGUUACGGCUGCCUUCCUGAACGCAAAGAUGGACAAUGACACAACCUUUGUCAGACCCCCAAAGGUGUUAUCCAGAGAGGGUCUGAUGGGACCUUCUAAGGUUUGGAGGCUUCGUAAGUUGUUGUACGGGCUACGCAAAGGACCGAAGCUUUGGGAAGUUUGUCGAAACGAGGAGCUGGACGGAAAGACGUUUGAGGAUGCAGAGGGCACGACGUUCUUCCUCGAUCCUGUUUCGUCCGGGGUGUGGGCCAUCAGGAAGCAAGGAGAGCCACAGUCAUUCUUCGGUGCAUUCGACAUGUACGUUGAUGACGGGUUGAUUGUGGGACCGGUGUCGUUAUGCCAGGCAUUAGCAGAGGUGCUGCUGAAGACGUGGCAGAUGAAGAUCCAAGGGUUCUUGCCGAGUGACGGGUUGAAGGUCGGUGAGAAGGUUCAGGUGGGUGACAAGCAGGUCCCGAUUCGGCAGGAGUUGCAGUUCCUGGGGAUGGUGAUCAGACGCACUGAGGAGGGACAGACGGUGCCGGUGACCCGGGAUGAUGCGUACGGUGCGGACCUGCACCGUGCGCAGUCGGAGAUUGGUUCACUUUUCUGGUUGGGGCUUCGCACUCGACCAGACUUGCUUGCUACAGUCGGGGCCUUAUCUUGCAUGAGCACUGUGGACCCGAGGAAGACGUACAAGCUUGCGACACAAGUCUGGAGGUACGUAGCUGGUACCAGGGAUAAGGUGUUGUUCUUCAGAGCCGGGGGCAAUCUUCAGGAGGAGAAGCUUUCGAUCUUUGGAGAUGCAUCGUUAGCGCCCGGAGCAUCGAGAUCAAGGACCGGUGUGGUGGUGAAGCUUGGUGGCUAUACCAUCGCAUAUCGUACUCAGCGACAGUCUUUAACUGCUUAUUCUGCCUUUGAGGCAGAAGUCGAAGCAGCGGCAACAGCGUAUCAGCUAGGAACACAGGUGAAGCUGUUUGUGGACAAGUUCCUGAAGAAGGAUGUGGAAACGGAGCUGUUCGGGGACAAUUCUGCCUGUGUUAGCAACCUCACCAAGGGGAGGAGUGCAGGUGUGCCGGCAUGUGCAGGUGAGCAUGGCCCCCUGCGCAAGGAAGACACGGCAUGUGCAGGUGAGCAUGGGCCCCUGCGCAAGGAAGUACUGACGAAUGCCCGCAAGCAGAGUUUCUGCAUCGAGGACAUCAUGCGGUUGAUCUGGUCUUGCUCAUCAGAGGAGGACCUAAGACAAAUGAGGAGCUGGUGCGACGAGAUCAACCGCACACGCGACAAGUGGCGGGUGAGCCCCCCGCCAGUUCUGCCCUCCGAAGAGAGAGCUGCCCUCCAGGCAGUGUUCAACUACUUCGACAAAGACCGAGGAGGAAGCGUAUCUGCGAAUGAGCUGAUUCUGUCUGGCCUCAUAGACAAAGACUAUGCCAAGGAGUUCAUCAAUGUGGCUGACACCGAUGGCAACGGGGAGAUCGAUAUGGCAGAGUUCUGCGAGCUGAUGUGCCCCCAUGGCUUUCGCGCGUCGGAGACUUCUGUGACUGGAUCUACUGUGCUCGGUCAGCCAGCACGUUUGGAUGACACUACCAAGACUUGGCGCCUCAAGGCGGGGGGUGGGAGGGCCAGUGAUGGCUGCAUGCGUGGCGGGAUUCAGAUGCUCCAGGUGGAUGCCACAGGCCUAGGUCGCAUGAGCUAUGAGCAGCACUUUCUCCUCUCGCUGGUUGCCAUGAGCCUGGGGGCAUUGGUGGCGGUUGGUGGCCGCUAUAUCAUGGACGCGCCUAGGUGGCCAGGGCCCCGGCUCAUGGCCAAGACAGUCUCCCUGCACCCAUCGCAGAACUGGAAUUUGAGCACUCGUCAGCAGCAGCUUCAGGGGAUGGUCGAGCUGCCUUACAUGCAGUUGGGGCGCGGCGGAGGGCGCGCGACAAUUGGACAUCAGUAUGCUGCCUCUGCUGAUGCAUGCGCGCAAGGACGCGUGAUGCAGUCGGUCUCCCUCACACCGGGCGCCAAUCCUCGCACUAUGUCGCCGCAGGGCCAGCCAACAAAUGCGUAUCCGGCCCCAGCACGGGCUGCUUCUUUGGAGCAAGGGGCGCUGCCAGGCCCGCCGCGAGGUGGCUCGUCUCAGGCACCAUGGCUCGGCCGCGUGGAGGAGGAUGCAGGUGCCCCUCCUGCGUCUUCCACUGUGGUUCCCUCGCAGCGGCAGUCACGCAACGCCGCCAGUCGUGUGCAUUCAGGUCCCGCCAUGCCCUGCAACGCGGCUCGGGUGGACAACCCGGCUCGCCGCUCCACCACUGCAGGCACGCCCAGUGGAGUGCAGACCUCGCGCGAAUCGUCGACGGGAGGGGCGAAUCAGGAACGGCUCCAGCUCCUGCGGCAAGGUUUGUCAAGUUUUACCAACAAGAUGGAGGAGAUGAGGACAGUGGCCGAGACUCUGCAAGAGGAGGUCCUUCGCGAGUCGAUGCUCGAGGCGAAGCCUCUCAGCGCAAGCAGCGGUACAACAGCGGUGCCCCAAGUGGGUCCCAGUGGCCAGGCCAGCACAAGUGAGACAAGCUCGAUGGCCGAGAGCUGGGUCAUUGACACUCUCAAGAAGACGCUCCUCGCAGAGAGGCCGUCUACCAGUACCAGCGGUGCCACGCUCACUGGCGGAGACAAGGAGCUCCGCCAGCUGCGUCAGGAGAUCAGGCUGGAGAGCGAGAGCCAACGGCAGCUGGCUGCACGUCUGGAUGCCGCAGUGGCGAUCCUCCAGGAAGAGAAAAAGAAGCGGGAGGAGGCUGCACGACAACGCGAGGAGGCAGAUGCAAAGCUGGAGCAGAAGUGGCAUGGAAUCGUCAAAGAAGAGGGAUCUCUACGCCGAGCUGUGGAAAGCCAUCUCGAGGCUCGACUUGGUGCACUUCAGCGAGAGAUGCGUUUGGAAUGCGGUGCAGCAUCGCAGCAGGCCCAGCAGGUCCUCAGCGAAUUUAGCCACUUGAGAGAAACACUGCGCCAAGAGAUGGAGCUCCAGAAAAAGGAGAUCGGAAGUGCAAGCUCGGACUUGUCCAGGUUGGUGGACCAGUUGCGCGUGGGUGGAGCAGUACAGCCUGCAGCUGAGCUUCGUGCUGGUCCGGAGUCCCUGACAGAGAACCUGGUGAGGGCCGAGGUGCGUCGACAGCUGUCGGAGAGGCCGUCCGAGCCAUCGAAUGCAGCUCCAACAGCUUUGGAGAUGCAAGCACUCUCGAGCCGGCUUGACCGUCUAGAGAAGUCUCUUGAGAACGAAGCAGCUGGCCGACAAGAGGAGAACAGCAAGAUGAUCAACAUGUUCCAAGAGAUUUCGGCAGAGGCGCGUCAACAUCAGGAUGCCAUGAUCUCAGAGUUGGAACAACGACUCCAGGGAAAGCUCGAGCAGCUUUCUGAGGAGGUCCAGCAGGAGGUGACCCAGCGCAGAACCUUGCUCGCGAAAGAAUCCAAGGACCGCGAGGAAACCUGCAUGGCCAUCCUGAAGUCUUUGGAAGACCAGCUGGGCAGCGUUGAAGAAUCGCUCCGACGACAUGAGAAGGAGCUCCAGCGCAGCCUCGAAGCUACAGCGGCGACAUUUGCGGAAAAGAACACGAAGGAGAUGAUGACAACAAGGCAAGAUGUGCUGGAGCUGCGUGAGGAGCUCCAGGAAGUGGCUCGAACUGGGCGCGAGCGACUCGAGGAAGCUGUCGUGCGCCUGAAUGCUACAGCUCCUGCUCGUGGUGAUGCGAGCGUUGAGGUGAAGGCACGGGAAGAACUUUGGACCGACCUGGAUCAACUGCGAGGGGAGCUGCGGGUGGAAUCCGCCACGCGGAAAGAAGAUGUCCAAGGUGUUCGCUCCAGCCUCGACCGAUUGCGGGAGCAGGUCGUCGGCUCGUCGAUGCUUAGUGUGCAGGAGCUCCAGAACGCCCUCCAUGCUGAGCGCCUUGCGCGUGAGCAGGGCGAUCACCGGUGCCUUGAGGCCUUGCGUGAGCUCCGAGAGGACCACAGCGCCUCUGUCCAGGGCAGUCCCGCUGUUCACAGCAACGGAAAGGACCCUUCUUCCCCAUAUGCUGACAUCAAGCAGGUGCCGCCACUCCCGCGGCCAGCCACUUCGGCGGUGAUUCGGGCCUGCCGCUCCCCUCCCAGCGGUCUCGUGCUGCCAACCCGAGAAGCGGCAUCGGCGGCGGCGACUGCCGUGAAUCUGUCUGCUGCGAAGACUCCCUCUAUGACGCACCCAAGCUUCUCAGCAUGA